AUGGCGAGCUGGAGUGUGAUGGGGCCGUACACAUGUCGUCUGUCUGAGGGCGUGGAAUAUUCAUGCCGUUUGUGUCGCGUGGCCUCCUCGCGCCUCGCCUCUGCCUCGGAGCCCGCGGUCAGGUGUGAGCUUCAGACACGCGCACGCAAAUCCGAGCUGACCGACGACGCCACGGGGCGGACGCACAAGCACGCGGGCUCCCAGGGACUCAGGGGUGAUAAGGCUCAGUGGAGUGAGCGUAAAGGCGGCGAGGGCAAGCGGCGAGGUUGA